GAACCCUAAACCUUUCUUUCUUCCUGGUACCACAAACUCGCAGAAGGUGGUUUCUUCUCUCUAGAGUUAAAGAAACAACCAUGAGGCCGAUUUUGAUGAAGGGCCAUGAGAGGCCAUUGACGUUUCUCAAGUACAACAGAGAUGGAGAUCUUCUCUUCUCUUGUGCGAAGGAUCACAACCCCACCGUCUGGUUCGCCGACAACGGUGAACGCUUGGGCACUUAUCGUGGACACAACGGCGCUGUUUGGUGCUGCGAUGUAUCAAGGGAUUCAAUGCGACUUAUAACGGGCAGUGCGGAUCAGACGGCGAAGCUAUGGGAUGUUCAAACUGGGCAGCAGUUGUUCACGUUCAAUUUUGAUUCUCCUGCUAGGUCUGUGGAUUUCGCUGUGGCCGACAAGCUCGCUGUCAUCACAACUGAUCCCUUCAUGGAAUUGCCUUCUGCAAUUCAUGUCAAACGCAUUGCUAGAGACAACAGUGACCAAACUGGCGAAUCUAUACUUGUCAUUAAAGGUCCUCAGGGAAGAAUAAAUAGAGCCAUCUGGGGUCCACUAAACAAAACCAUUAUUAGUGGUGGAGAAGAUGCAGUGAUCCGUUUAUGGGAUUCUGAGACGGGAAAGCUACUUAAGGAGGUGGACAAGGAAUCUGGCCACAAGAAGACAAUAACAUCUCUUGCAAAAUCUGCUGAUGGUUCCCAUUUCUUGACUGGAUCCCUUGAUAAAUCAGCUAAGCUUUGGGAUGCCAGAUCAUUGUCUCUUAUCAAGACAUAUGUAACAGAGCGCCCAGUCAAUGCAGUGGCCAUGUCACCUCUUCUUGAUCAUGUGGUGCUUGGAGGUGGUCAGGACGCAUCAGCUGUUACCACUACUGAUCAUCGUGCCGGAAAAUUUGAAGCCAAGUUUUUUGAUAAGAUUCUUCAAGAAGAAAUUGGUGGUGUGAAGGGGCAUUUUGGACCAAUUAAUGCACUUGCUUUUAACCCUGAUGGCAGGAGCUUUUCAAGUGGAGGUGAAGAUGGUUAUGUAAGGUUGCAUCAUUUUGACCCAGAUUACUUCAAUGUUAAAAUUUAGGCCUUGAGAGUGUUCUUUUGUAUUAGAUAUGGGAUCAGAGAGGAAUUUAACUUGUAAUUUCUCGCACUUCAUGUAAUCCCCAACGUGAUUAUAAAAGCUGCUAUGGGGCUUUGAGGCUGUUUGUGCUAGAGUUUUAUGCAUUAAAUUAUUUCUUUACGUUUGUUGUAAAAUUCAUCAAUUUUGAGAAGUCUUGCGGGGUUUUAUGCUACUUUAGAAUAGAAGGAAAGAGAGAACAAAUGAGUACAUUGUUCAUUAAUGAUAAUAAAUAUAUAAUAGAUGUUAUAUUU